UCGGCGUCGCGUUUGAUGGGCGGGGCUUCGCGUUACCGGUGUGUUGGCAGCCGGCGGUUCGUUUCGUUCUGAACGGCGAGGAAACGGUGUCGGAAACACAGGAUGGAGCGGGGGUGAAAUAACUCGUCAUCACACAAGACUAAACUGAGAGAAAUAAUAGGGAGCCGUGACUCCAUGCACUCUAUGCGGGUUCCUGUUCAUGGUGACUCCAUGUUCUCCUCCAUCACCAGCUCCGUCUCCGACCCCCGCUUCCGCUUCCGAUGGCGGGCCAUCACCGUGGCGACCCUGCUGGCCCUGGGCGUCCUCCUGUACCUGCACCAGACAUCGAGCGGCUCCUCUGAGCACGGCUCCGACAGCCAGCGCUCGUGGCGUUCCAGCCGGGAUGUAUCGGGCGUGAUGGCGGCGGCCGAAUCGGUGGACUCGCGUUACAACGACACGUACCCGCUCAGUCCUCCGGAACACACGACCAGUGGCGUCCGCUACCGGAUCGGAGUGAUAGCAGACCUGGACACGAACUCGCGCAGUCAGAAGGACAACACGUGGUUCAGCUAUCUGAAGCGAGGCCACCUGCUGGUGUCCGACAGCGGGGACAGCGUGUCCGUGGAGUGGGAUCCGGACACGGUGGUUCUGGAGAGUCAUCUGUCGGAGAAGGGCCGUGGCAUGGAGCUGUCCGAGCUGGUGGCGUUUAACGGGCACCUGUACAGCGUGGAUGACCGCACCGGUGUGGUGUACCGGAUAGAGGGCAACAGAGCCGUGCCGUGGGUCAUUCUGACGGACGGAGACGGCAGCGUGUCUAAAGGUUUUAAAGCGGAGUGGUUGGCUGUGAAGGACGAGCGUCUGUAUGUCGGUGGUCUCGGGAAGGAGUGGACGACCAUCACCGGAGAGUUUGUCAACAAUAACCCGGAGUGGAUUAAGGUGGUUGGGUUUCACGGCGACGUGGAGCACGAGAACUGGGUGCCGCGAUAUAACGCGCUGAAGAAAGCAGCUGAUAUUAAACCACCAGGUUAUCUGAUCCACGAGUCGGCCGUGUGGAGCGAGCGUCUCCAGCGCUGGUUCUUCCUCCCUCGUCGCGCGAGCUCAGAACGCUACGAGGAAACCGCAGACGAGCGUCGCGGCACAAACCUCAUCCUGAGCUGCUCGCCUGACUUCAGCCAAAUCUCUGCGUCUCGCGUCGGCCCGUUGAAGCCCACGCUCGGCUUCUCCUCUUUCAAGUUCAUCCCAGACACCGACGAUCAGAUCGUACUGGCGCUCAAAUCAGAGGAGGACGCGGGGCGGAUCGCCACCUACAUAACGGCCUUCACGCUGGACGGACGAAUCCUGCUGCCUGAUACCAAGAUCGGAGACGUCAAAUAUGAAGGACUGGAGUUCAUAUAGACAGAGAACGAUCAGCGAUCGAUCGACACAAGCUGACUGCGCACAUGAGACUCAUCUCCAUGAUCAGUGGCGUCAAAAUAAAUUUAUUUUUUAGACACAAAACAUUGUUUUUGUGUGACGGACGUCCUCAAUGUUGGACGCAACACUCACUACAGAAGCUCAGGGGACUGAAGCAACGGGAAACAGAUGCAAUAAUAGAGGAAAUCUCUAAGCAAACUCUAGAAAUGUGGAGUCUAAUAAUUCCAAUAAUCGUCUUAAAUAAUUAUUUGCCUUUGUUAAAAACUACAAAACCUCAAAAACUUAUUUUAUUGACAACACUUUACAAUAAAGUCUAUGCAUUUGUUAAUGCAUUAGAUAACAUGAACUAACAACGCACAAUAUUUAGUAAAUAUUAAUAAAUGCAGUAUUGUUAGUUCAUGUUAACAAAUGAGACUUUAUUGUAAAGUGUUGCUGUUUGUCGUUAUUUGUUGUUUUUUUAGUGUAUGAACUACACUGGACAUGUUUAUAUGAUACUUCUUUGAUUUAUGGCAUUAAUAUAAAGAUAAUCGUGAGACAUGCAUAUUAAAAUGAAUAUGCAAAUAAAGCUUUAUUAUUAAUUUGA